AGAGGGAGUAGGUCGCCCUGAUGACGAUGCACGCAACAAGGGUGCGUCCGCCACUGCCCCAGCCACUGGUGCAGUCCUCCUCACCGCAACCACCUGCAUUUCGUCUCCCUUCCCUAUCAUCCUCGCCCUUGCUGCUCCAUACGCCCCCGGCUCAGGUAGUUGCGCCACGCCCCACACCACAAAGGCCCCACUCUGUUCCCAAGCCCCGCAGCCCACAAACGCACCCCCACCUGCACUCACCCCUCAACCCACAACCGCCCCACAACCUUCACACACCAAUCACAAUCCACCCACAACCGCCCCAAACCGUUCUGAAACUCCCCACCAGGCCGCAAACACCCCAGACCUUCCAGGAGCUCCCGUCCGGAAAACAAGACGCCCCAUUGGGUGGCAGCUAACAGGAGGCCAGAAGCGGGCCUUCUGCCUCGUCUUCCGGGCCGUGCCGAGCCUGCGCCAAACCUCCCUCGCCAAAGCUGUUCUGCAGGCUUGGGGGGUGAGCGUGUCCAGGGAUACGGUGCGUAAGCUUGCGAAGCAACGUGAUUGGUGGAUCCGAAUUCCGAGGGGGAAAGAGGAGGAGAUGAGGUAUAGGAAGAGGAGGACUAGCAGGGUGAAGGGGGUGGGGAUGUGUGCACUGCUGGAGGAGGCCCUGGGGUGGUGGAUUGAGGAGAUAGGGGCGGAAGAGCUGGUGAGGAGGGGGAGGAUUGAGAAGGGGAUUCUGGUGCUGAAAGGGAAGGAGAGGGGGCACUCUGAGAAUUCUCAGAAAUCUCUCACAAAUGGGCAGGGGAGAGGUGGCUCUUCGUCUGUGUUUCUGACGCUAGAGAUGAUUGUUGACAUGGCUAAGCAGUUAGGACCGUCCCUAGGUGCGCCUCCUAGCUUUAAGUAUGGAGAAAGAAAGAAGAAGAAAAAGAAGGGAAACAACUGGGUACGGAAAUUUAUUGAGCGGUAUAAGGCGAGGAAGAGAAAGGAGGAGGAGCGGGGGGGGAAAGGAGCAGGGGAAGGAGGGAGGUGGGGGAAAGGCAAGGGAGAGGGGGAGGGGCAGGAGGAGUGGGACGAGGGGGAGGAGGGGGAGGAGGAGGAGGAGGAAUGGUCGGAUGGGGAGUAUCGUGAUGAGGAGGAGGAGGAAGAGAGUGAGGAUGGGGACAAUAGCGCUGAUGAUAAUAUUGAGGAUGAGAGUGAUGAUGAAAAUAACGAGGAUGAGGGUGAUGAUGAUGAUGUGGUGGAGGUUGGGGGAGGAGGAGGAGGAGGAGUGGGCAGGAAGAGAGGGCGGAGACGGCAGGAAUCGGAGCAGGAAAGAGGAGGAAAACGAGGGAAGACUACUGCAGCAGGAAUCACCACUGCUAAACCACCAGGAGUCACCCAGGCCUCCGGCGAUCCAGGGAAAGAGUGGAAUUCGGUUAAAGAGGGAGAAUCGGACCUGUAUGCAUUGGAGAAGUGGGCGGACGAUCCCGACGUCUCUAGCCUCAUGCGGAGCCUUCUCGGGGCGGACUGGCUGACCAAGUAUCCCCAACACAAUGGUAGGGCUGCUGCUGCUGCUGCUGAUCGUGCGAAUCGUGCUGCUGCUCUUGCUGCUGCUGCUGUUCGUGCCCCUGCUCGUGCCAGGGCUCCGAGGCAAAAGGGGCUGUCGGGAAGUUUUUGGGACGGGGACCAUGCUGCUGAUUAUCCUGCUCCCUUCGGCUUCCCUGACUCCGGCUCCCCUGACCUCUUCUCCCCGCACUGUGACUCCCCUCAAAGAACGCCUCCUCCGGAUUCAUCUACACGCCACUCAGGAGCGUUGGGUGGUGGUGGUUCCUGGACAGGCAGGCUCACCGGUACCCGAUUCGCGCACCUCGACCCCCCUCAAGGCACUCCUGCAAGCACAUCUGCGCCCCAGCACAGACCACUGGGCAGCGGCUGUGAGAUGUGGGCGGGAGGUCUCACCGGCCCCCGUGCUGCGUACCUCGACUCCCCUUCGCCGCUUGCCCCCCCUCCUGCAACUACAUUGGCCUCUCCUCUUGCUGGUCGCCGCGUCACAAGAAGCCAGGCAGCUGCAGCAGCAGCAGGCGCAGCAGGCAAUGGAUCCCCUGGUCUGAGCUCCCAGCGGCUGAUUCUGCCCCGCCCACAGGUGGGCUUGUCCCUGCAACACUCCGGCCGAGGACCGCAACCCCUCCCUCGAGUGUAUGGCGUUGCUGGUCAGACGCAGCCUGCCGCUUCGAUUGCUGGUGCUGCACCUGCUGCUGCUUUGCAUGUUGCUGGUACUCCUGCUGAUAUUGCCCGUGCGGCAGGAGGGAUUGCUGCGACUGCUGCUCUGCUUUCAGCACUUGGGGUUGGUGGUGCUGGUGCUGGUGCUGGUGCUGGUGCUUGUACUGGUGCUGGUGCUGGUGCUGGUGCUGGUGCUGGUGCUGGUGCUGGUUUUGGUAAUGCCGGUUUGCUGGGUUUACUGGCAGGUGCGAAUCCACAGCAAGCCCAAGCACCAGGCAACCCAUUGCUGCAACUCCUGGCACUCUUGGCCGCACAGGCAGCAGGAGGAGGGGGUGGUAGUGGUGGCGGUGGUGUUGCUUCUGGUGCUGGUGCUUGGUUUGGUAAUGCAGGCCUCCUUGGGUUACUACCAGGUGUGAAUUCUGUUCAAGCCCAAGCCCAAGCCCAAGCUCAGGCCCAAGCCCAAGCCCAAGCUCAGGCCCAAGCCCAAGCCCAAGCAUUGGGUAACCAACUGCUUCCACUCCUUGCACUCUUGGCUGCAGCUGGGGGGGGGGCGGGAUCCGCAUUGGGAGGUGCUGCCGGGGGAGUUGGAUGCUUACUAGGAGGAGCAGGAGCGGCAGGAGGGGCAGGAGGGGUGGGAGUGGCAAGAGUGGCGGGAUUGGCGGGAGGGGCAGGAGGAGGAGGUAUGGGAGGUGGAGGUGGGCGGGCGGUUAGUGAAAGAGAGGGGAGGAUGGAGAGGAGGGCGCUAGAGCAAAAGGGACGGAGAGGGGAGAGCGCUAGAGAGAGGAGGAGAAGAACGGCGGAGGAGCGGGCUCUGAGGCGAGCGGAGAGGAGACGGGGUGAGAGGGCGGAGAAGUUGUUUGGUAGACGAGGUGCGUCUUUUGAGAGCACGUGGAAUGUGCUGGUCGCUGGGAGGGGAGGGGAAAUUGGAGAACAGGAGGGAGAGAGAGUCAGAGAGACAGGUGAGGGAGGGAGGAGUGGGGGGGCGGUGGGCAGCAGAACUCGGCCGGCAGAAGUUAUUCAGCUUUCGGGAUGUGAGAAAGAGGAGGGAGGGAGUGAGAAUGAGAGUGAGCAUGAGAGUGAGAGUGAGAGUGAGAGUAAAGGGGGAUCAGAUGAUGAUGUGGUAGAGGUGAGGACUAGGGGAGAGAGCAAAGGGGGGACGAGGGAUCGAGACGGAGGGAGGAGGGGAGGAAAGAAGCGAGGGAGAGAGGAGAGAAGAAGAGGGCGUGGGAAAGGAGAUACGAAGCAAGAGAGGAAGGAAGGGCGGAAGGAGGGGAGGGAAAGUAGCCAAGCUCGAAUCACCACCUACUCCAGUGACAACACUGAUAAAGAUGGUUCUAGUGAGGAAGAGGAGGAGGAGGAGGAGGAGGAGGAGGGAGCAGGUUUGCGAUUCUCUGCAUUGAACAGGGCAGCAGUGGCGGUUUCUUCUGCACUUGGCAGCAACCCGGGCCAGGCGUUUGCUCAGAUGGCGCAGGCCGCCUCGAAGGCUGCAUCUGGAGUGGGCUUGCCUCUCUUUGCGGGCGUCAGUACUGCCUCUACUGCCGGGGCUCAGACUGUUACACGCUUCAGUGCCCCAGGCUUUAAUGCUGCAGUCCUCAAUGCUGCUGGUACCGCCAAUUUGGGUCAAAAUUUUAUGCAGCAGCACCUGCGGCAAUCACAGCAACAACAGCAGCAGCGGCAACCACAGCAACAACAACAGCAGCAGCAGCACCAGCAUCAGCAGCAGCAGCAGCAGCAUCAGCAGCAGCAGCAGCAGCAGCAGCAGCAGCAAGGUGCGUCUGGUUACAGAGCGUCCCUUCUGCAGCAGCUAGAGAAGAUGCACCUGCAGCAGCUCAACCACAUAGCUUAUCUGCAGUACCAGCUGCAGCCACUGCAGCAUCAGCAGCAGUGGCAGCGUGCGCAUCUAGAGCAGCGCUUGCAGGAGGCCCAGCAGUUCGCAGCGCAACAAGUGAGAGAGAUGCAACAGCUUAGGGUCAAAUCGAGAAGCCACAACAGCCGCAGCAGCAGCUGAAGCAGCAGCCACAGCAGCAGCCGCAGCAGGCACAGCAGCAGGCACAGCAGCAGGCAUAGCAGCAGGCAUUGGGGGUUGUUCCACCAACCAUGAACUUAGCUCCUUCACAGGUUACCCCCGCUGCUCGUGUUGCUGCUCCUGCCGCUACUCUUGCUCCUGCUGCUGCAUCUGCUGCUGCAUCUGCCACCACAGCUGCUUC